AUGGAAGAAAAUGCUAGGAUGAGGGAACCAAGCUGGCGACCUGGGCACUCUCACUCAUCAAAAGAGAAAGAGAGAGAACCCAAGAAAAAGGAGAAAGCCGGCCCUGAAAGGCCCAGGAGAUAUCACUCCUAUACUCCUUUACGAGUUUCCCUAGUUGAUGUAUACAGGGAAAUUUGUCAUACUGAAAGACUACCUCCCCCUAGACCCAUCAAAAACAAAAAGGGAGAAAUUCGUGGCGAAUACUGUGAGUAUCAUAAGCUAUAUGGUCAUUCAACAAAUGAAUGUUACGACCUAAAAAAUGUGAUAGAAAAGCUGGCUAGAGAAGGUUGGCUUGACAAAUACCUUAUGGAAAGGUCGGGCCAUCAUGGUAAGAGAAAGCGAGAUGACGAGGACCGAAGAGACCCACCACCACAGACCCCGAAAAGACAUAUACACAUGAUCUCAGGAGGGUUUGCGGGAGGUGGUCUCACAAAGUCAUCUUGCAAAAGGCACCUGAAGGAAGUCUACCAAGUCGGGGGUGAAGUACCCGACCUCCCAACCAUCUCUUUCACUAAAGAAGAUGGACAAGGAAUCAUUCCUGGACAUGACGAUCCAGUUGUGAUAACCAUGAUCCUUGCCAACGCCCACCUGCACAGAACCCUGGUGGAUCAGGAAAGCUCGGCCGAUAUUAUGUUUAAACCAGCAUUUGAUAAGAUGGGACUGGAUGAAAAGGAGUUAAGAGCUUUCCCCGAUACCCUAUAUGGGCUGGGGGAUGCACCAAUAAAGCCACUAAGAUUCAUACCUCUACACACAACUUUUGGAAAAGGGGCAAAAUCAAAAACUCUAAGCAUCAACUUCAUAGUCGUCGAUGUGGGUUCGGCCUACAAUGCUCUAAUAGGCAGAACAACCCUAAAUUGGCUCGGAGCAGUAGUAUCCACCCCCCCAUCUUUGCAUGAAAUUUUCAACACCAGAGGGAAUUGCAACCGUUAG